AUCGACCCAGUGCUGGGUUGGCAGGCUUGGGUCAGGCUCAGCCUUGUUAGGGGUAAAAGUCGGGUCUGGGUGUCCAGCUGCCGGCUGCGAGGAGGGGCGAACGUCAUGGGAGGACGAUGAGGAGGUGUGUCCGAGGCGAAGGGUGGGGGGUGGCCCCGCCCCUGGCCUCCCCCAUCUCCCUAGGCUGGCCGCCGGCGCCUGCUUUCGCUUUCAGUCGGAGGCGAAGGAGCUCAGCGCGCAGAGCCGAGCCUGGAGAGACGUGCAAGGCCAACGGGCACCGCCAGACGCCGCCGCUCCCCGCCGCGCCGCCGACGCCCGUAUCAUGGUGCCCGCGGGCCUCUGGGCCGCGCUGGCUGUCGGACUGCAGCUCUGGGUCGCGGUGCCGGCCCAAGCGGGUGUCUCACGCGGUCCUGUGGGGACCCAUGGGCAGCCCCCAGAUGCUCCAUCAGCGCUUUCCCGCGGCGCCUUGACAGAGGCUAUGCUUCCCACCUAUGCCUCAGAGCCUGGGAAUGGGACCAAGUGCCAGCCAGAACAGUACUAUGACAACAGAGCCCAGAGGUACUGCAGCAUGUGUCCACCUGGUCACUUCGUGCAAAACUUCUGCACCAAGACCUCAGACACUGUGUGCGCCCCCUGCGAGGACAACACAUACACCCAGCUCUGCAACCGGGUCUCCGAAUGCUUGAGCUGUAACUCCCGCUGCAGCUCCAACCAGGUGGAAGUCCAAGCCUGCACUCGAGAACAGAACCGCAUCUGUACCUGCAAGCAAGGCUGGUACUGUGUGCUGGGGAGGCCGGAGGGGUGCCGGGUAUGUGCGCCGCAACCCAAGCACCUACCAGGCUCCGGAGCGGCCAAAUCAGGAACUGCAACACCGAAAGUGUCGUGCACUGCCUGUGCCCCAGGGACAUUCUCUGACAGGACUUCAUCCACAGACCCGUGCAGGCGUAACCGGAACUGUAGCUCUGUGACCAUCCCUGGCAACACAAGCAUGAACACGGUCAAUAUGUCUGUGGGUCCUGUCCUUACAGUGGCCUUGGGGUCAGCCCCCCAAGACAUCGCUCUUCCAAUCGGACUGAUUGUGGGCGUGGCAGCCUUGGGCCUGGUCGUAAUAGUGCUGGUGAACUGCAUCAUUGUGACCCAGAGGAAAAAGAAGCCCUCCUGCCUGCCCGGAGAAGCCAAAGUGCCUCACCUACCGGCUGAUAAGGCGCGGAGUGUGCUGGGCCCCGAGGAACAGCACCUGCUGAACACAUCGCCCAGCUCCAGCAGCAGCUCCCUGGAGAGCUCGGCCCCCGCUGCAGACAGGAGGGUGCCUGCCAGGAACCAGCCGCAGGCACCGGGUGCAGAGAAGACCAGUGGUGCCGGGGAGGCCCGGGCCAGCUUUGAGAGCUCAGAGCCUUCCCCCGGCGGCUGUGGGACCCAGGUCAACGUCACCUGCAUCGUGAACGUCUGUAGCAGCUCCGACCACAGCUCGCAGUGCCCCUCCCAGGCCAGCUCCAUGAUGGGGGCCAUGGACACCAGCCCCUCAGACUCCCCGAAGGAUGAGCAGGUCCCCUUCUCCAAAGAGGAGAGCCCCUUUCAGUCCCAGCUGGGGUCACCAGAGAUGCUGCAACAGAGCUCCGAGGAGAAGCCGCUGCCUCUGGGUGUGCCGGAUGCCGGAAUGAAGCUCCGUUAGCCAGCUAGCGGGGGCCAUGUCACAGCUGUGGAUACUGACCCUUGGCAGGGCAACCCUGCGAAGCAGCUCCUGGUUCCUCCAGGCCUCAACUCCCAGGACUCUGUGACUGUCUCUGGGCCACUUCCUUCAGUGGUGUCCACAGUUUCCGCCUCCCUCUCUCCUGCAGGCAGGGGAAUGAGGCGGGGAGGGGUCGUGGAGACCCUCUUCUGCCUUGGCGUGCGUCCUCCUGGGAAAGCUGGCUGGACGAUGGCAGAGCUGGCCCUGGACUUGCUAGGCAGCCCAGACUGAGUUCCUGCCUCUCUCUGAACUGCCCCCAGCCUGUCCUGAAGUACCUGGCCUCUAGAGCCCUUGGCGCUUUUUACCUGACUCCGGCUUCCCAGGAAGCCCAUAGGGGAGGAGGGACUCUGGACACCCAUCCAGGGAGGAAGGACAGAGCUUCUGUCUGAAUGUUGAGACUGCGGGACAGUCCCAGCGAGCAGACAAGCUGGGGUGGCCAUCUAGCAGAUGGUUCUGUGUGGGUAGGGGGUGGCAGCCCCUGCAGGGGACACAGGUCCCCCACCUUACUCAGAACCCCUGGAAAGCACCUCCUCUAAGUCCACGUCUGCCAACUUGUCCUCUUGUACCACAGUGUGAAAAUCAGGUGCCCAGAUGCCCCAGGAAGGCAACCUUAAUGAGGCUGAUGGCAAACUCUUAACCGGAAAUCUUCCUAUUUUAACAUGUGGCAAUUUAAAAAAAAAUUAAGCACCAUGUGGGCAAACAGAACAGCAAAACUCUGAGGACGCAUACAGCCCCUACGGUUGCAUCCUCUGCCUUUGAUCUUCACUCCAGUUACCCACAGCCCCAGCCCCCUCCUCUCUCUACACUGUGUCCCUCCCCCUGUCCCUCCCUGUCUGGCGUGAAGCUAUACCUUCUUCUAUCAGGGAAUUUCUGGAACUGCAGAUGUCUGAGACCCCCCUACAAGCAUCUUUUUCCUCCUACCUCAGCCUGGACCUUUCUUCUCUACUGAGGGGUGCUCCUCUGUCCCCCUGGUCCUUCCCCCUGUUCCUGGGGUCUCAGGCCCCAGGGGAGCUGCAGAGCCGUUUUGGUACUGUGCAUACUGUGAUUCUGAGUGGAUGUGAGAUGCUGAGAGCCAACUUGGGUCUGUGUGUCUGUAUCUGUGUUGUGUGUCUGUGUAGCCAAUACUGUCGGGUUGGAUAGCCUGCUUUGAAGCAGUUAAAGCCAGUAAUUUUGCCAAGGAGUUUUGUCGCCAUUAGAGAGUCAACCAUUUCCCCCGCAAACUCAUGCCCAGAGGACUGGAGAGGAUGGACAAGUAUGGACUAUAUCAGAUUCUAGAAGGAAUGGGUAUGAGGACUCUUAAGAGGCUGGUUCCGUCCCAGGCACUUGAAUCCCUCACUGAUAAAUUCCACCGGACUUGAACUUGGACCCUGAACUACCCGUUACCACAGAGACAAGCAGGACUUCCCAUUCUGGGAUCAAGAUGGCAAACUGCCUGGACUGGCCGUGGUCUCUGCCCAAGUCAGACACCGCCUGGUGGUAGAACACGUCUGCCCCCUGGUGGACAGUCCUGGGAGGACCUCAGACCUCGCUUCCUCACCCAGGGAAUGGAUGAAUUGGAAGAUUUUUGGGGGGUAUGUCCUUAGUUCCCCUGGUUUGUGUUGAUCCCAAGACAAUGAGCGUUGCAUUGUAUGCUGAAUAGCAUUCCUGCUUAUAAAUAAACCUUUAGUUUGUUUUACAUGUUGAGCCCUGGCUCUCUGGCUGGGUCUGGACUGGGGUUUGUCUGUGGUCCUCCUUGCCUGCCGCCAAGCAGGUGUGUGGGGAGAGAUGGGGUCCUGAGCACUGGAGUGUGAUGGCCCAUGUUGUGGCUGGACUAUGAGAGGCAUCUCCAUGACAGCUGCCCUACUGAGAGCCCUGCUGCUCCUUCAGGCCUGGGGACAAUAAGAUGGCAGCUUCCUGCCAGGAUCACCCAGUUGGCCUCAGAGUGUGCUCUUGCCAUCUCUGUCUCCUCAGCCUCCUCUUGUGAUGGGGGUGAAGGUGUUUACAUAGACCAUCUUCUCACUUGGGUGCUAGGCUCUACCUACCGCUGAGGCCCUUUGAUGUGUGCUUAGCUCGGCACAAGGGCUCUGGGAGCACAGGGUAGGGGAUCCUGAAGGUCAGGGGAGAGUUUUGGAGGUGACAUCUGACCUGUUCUUUGGUCAGGCUGCAUUCCUCCUGGAGGAUUUAGGGGAGAAUCUGAAGUAAGAGCACAAUAAAUACUCGUUCAUUCAGACAUUGGAAAGUGUCAGGAUAUAUUACGGUAGUUUCCCAGAGUUUAGAGACUGCCUGUAUUCCUUGGCUCCUGGACCCUUCCUCCAUCUUGAAAGCCAGCGUUGUAGCAUCUUCUUUACGCAAAUCUCCCUCUGCCUCCCCCUUAUAAAGACGCUUGUGAUUACACUGGGCCCACCUGGAUAACCCACUGACGUUGAGUUGAUUCCAACUCGUGGUGUCCUCAUCUGUAAUCCAGGAUAAUCUCCCUAUCUCAAGGUUCUUAAUCACAUCUGCAAAACUCCUUUUACCUUGUGUCUUAGUUACGUAGUGCCGCUAUAACAGAAAUACCACAAGUGGAUGGCUUUAACAAACAGAAAUUUAUUUGCUCAUAGUUCAGGAGGCCAGAGGUCCGAAUUCAAGGCACCAGCUCUAGGGGAAGGCUUUUUCUCUCUGUUGGCUCUAGGGAAAGGUUCUUUUCUCUUUUCAGCUUCUGUUUCUUGGUUACUUGGAGAUCUCAUGUAGUGUGGCAUCUAUCUUCUCCCAUCUGUGCUUUAUUGCUGCAUGCUUAAUCUGUUCUUUUAUAUCUCAAAAGAGAUUGAUUUAAGGUGCACCCUAUCCUGGCCCUGCCUCAUUAGUGUAACUCACUGUCCCACCCUUCUAGAUAGGCUAUUUCACACCCUCUCCUUUUCCCUCAAACCUCUUACCUCUCCUCACCCUUACCUUCAGCUGGUUACCUGGCUUCCCGUUUUACUGAGAAAAUCGAAGCAAACAGGAGAGAUCUUUCUCAGGCUCCCACCACCACCUCUCUCUUCCCACCUGCAACUGUGCUGGGACACUCUCUCCUGUGACUGGAUUAACACCCGGACUGGCUAAGGGCAAUUCUUCUACUCAAGUACCAGAUUUUAGCGUCUCUCUGCUACUGAAGGACACUGCUCUUCUCUCUCCUUUAGCAUCAACCUCCAACCCCUCCCCAUCUUCUCUAUCUGCACACAAACAAACUGACACUGCUUCCAUUUAAAAGAUAACGAUAACAAAACCCAAAAUCCUCAAGCACCAUUCUCCAUCUAGGUACUAUCAGAUUUUUCAGCUUCUCUUUACAGUAGAGACACUUGGAAAAAGUUGUCUUUCUAUAGUCACUCUCUCUAGUUUAUCUUCUCCCAUUUUCUCUUGAACUCAUUCCAAGAAGGCUUGUGCCCACCACUUCACUAAAAGUUCUGUUGUUCAGGUCGCCACUGACCUCCAUGUUGCUAAAUUCAAUGGUCAGUGGUCAGUCUUCUACUCCCUUUGCCUAUUAGUGACACAAUUAGUCCCUCCUCUUUGGGAUACUUUUCUCCCCUGGUUUUCAGGCUUUCACACUCCUCUGGCUUUCCCGCCAGCUCACUGACCCUUCUGUCUCCUUGGCUGGUUCCUCUUCAUAUCAAUGACUGAAUGUUCGAGGGGGCACAUGGUUCGAUCCUUUCACCUCUUCUCCAUCUCCAGCUCACUCUCUUGAUGAUCUCAUCCAGCCUCAUGACUUUCAGGACCCUGACACUUCGCAAUGUUUGAAUGAACAAGUAGUUACUGCAUUCAUAUCAGGCACUGCUCUAGGGGCUGGGGAUGCCGUAGUUACUAAAACAAGGCUUCCAUACUGGGAGGAAGAGAGACAAUAAAAAUAAGCAGACAAUAUUGGAUGAUGAUGAGGAAAAUUAAACCAGACACGGAUGACAGAGGAAAGGGGGUGCUAUUCAGGAUUGGGAGGCCAGGGAAGCCUCCUGUCUGGAGAGAUAACUUGGGAGCAGAGGCCUGAGGAGUGAGGGGGGAGCCAAGUGUUUGGUCAGACUUGGGUGGAGUGGGGUGUGCACAGUGGGAGAGAAUGAAACUGAAGAGUGGCCAGGUCCAAAGAGCUCUGACUGCCCUGUAAAGUGAGGUAAAGGGGCUCCCUGAAGACUUUAACCAGUGGAGAGACAUGACCAGACUUGCUUCAGGCUGCCAGGGUAGGGGGUGCGUAGAUUGGUGAGUAGGGCUGCAGGGCCAGGGAUGCUAAUCUCAUCCUUGGCUCUCAUGCUGUCUCAUUACCAGGAGAUAGGGUUGGCCCUUUUUGAAAUCUCCUUGCUUCUGGCCACAUUGGGUAAUGGCUUGGGAGGUAGCCGGGAGACCAGUGAUGUGCUGGUCAUUCUCUGUCUUCUCCUCCAGUACCUCUCUUCACUGGCUCUGUGCCCUGGGAGGCCGACCUCGCAUUACUUGCCCUCAGGCUUCCAGCAGGUUUGGCCCCAGUGGCCUUGGCCUACAACCACGGUUUCAUCACACUGCUCCUGCACUCCCUGCCUUGCCUCUUUGAGUCCAGGGUUGCUAAUGGCUUCCUACUGUUGCUUCCCCCAAGUAGUCACAGCUCUUGUGGGUUCUCUUAAUGCUGCCCCCUCCUCUGUAAACAGUUCUAUGAUGGUUCUUCUUAUGUGUCAGCUUGAUUAGGCUAUGGUUCCUUGUUGUUCAGUCUGGUUGCUGUCAUGGAGUAGUUAUGUGUGAUUAAAUCCAUUGGGCUUGGGUAAAGUACAUUGCCUUCUGUAAUGUAAUGUAAUGACUUUCCACAUUGCAAUCUAAUGUAAUAUAGUCAAUCAGUUGAGGUCAUACCAGUGUAGGGUGGAUCCUAAACCAAAUCACUUCUGAGUUAUAAAAAGACCAGAAUAGACACAGAGACACACACAUACAGGACAAGACAGACGAUGUGUGAAAGUAGCCUGAGAUCGUUGGCAAAGGAAUACCAAGGAUCGCCAGCAAACACCACAACGAAGAGAGAGACUCACAGAAGGAAUCAACAUGGCCAACACCUCGUUUGGACUUUUAGCCUCUAGAAAUGCGAGACAAUAAAUGUCUGUUCUUUAAAGCCCCCCAUGUGUGGUGUUUCUAUUACAGCAGCAGUGUUCUUGUUGUUGUUAGGUGCCCUUGAGUUGGUUCCGACUCAUAGUGACCCUAUGCACAACGUAAUGAAACACUGACUGGUCCUGCACCAUCCUCAUAAUCCUUGUUAUGCUUCAGCCCAUUGUUGCAGCCACUGUGUCAAUCCAUUUCAUCAAGGGUCUUCCUCUUUUUUGCUGACCCUCUAUUUUACCAAGUACGAUGUCCUUCUCCAGGGGCUGGUCCCUCCUGAUAGCGUGUCCAAAGCAUAGUUUCGCCAUCCUUGCUUCUAAGGAGCAUUCUGGUUGUACUUCUUCCAAAACAGAUUUGUUCAUUCUUUUGGCAGUCCGUAGUAUAUUCAGUAUUCUUCACCAAUACCAAUUCAAAGGCAUUAAUUUUUCUUUGGUCUUCCUUAUUCAUGGUCCAAUUUUCACAUGCUAUGAGGUGAUUGAAAACACCAUGGCUUGGGUCAGGUGCACUUUAAUCUUCAAGGUGACAUCUUUGCUUUUCAACUCUUUAAAGACGUCUUUUGCAGUAACUUUGUCCAAUGCAAUGCGUCUUUUGAUUUCUUGACUGCUGUUUGCAAGGGUGUUGAUUGUGGAUCCAAGUGGAAUGAAAUCCUUGACAACUUCAAUCUUUUCUCUGUUUAUCAUGAUAUUGCUUAUUGGUCCAUGUAUGAGGGUUUUUAUUUUCUUUAUGGUGAGGUAUAAUCCAUCCUGAAGGCUGUGGUCUUUGAUCUUCAACAGCAAGUGCUUCAAGUACUCUUCACUUUCAGCAAGCAAGGUUGUGUCAUCUGCAUAAUGCAGGUUGUUAAUGAGUCUUCCUUCAAUCCUGAUGCCCUGUUCUUUUUCAUAUAGUCCAGCUUCUUGGAUUAUUCGCUCAUCAUGCAGAUUGAAUAGGUAUAAUGAAAGGAUACAAUGCUGAUGCAUACCUUUCCUGACUUUAAAACAGGCAGUAUUUCAUUAUUCUGCUGGAAUGACUGCCUCUUGAUCUAUGUACAGGUUCCUCAUGAGCAUAAUUAAGUGUUCCAGAAUUCCCAUUCUUCGCAAUGUUAUCCAUAAUUUGUUAUGAUCCACACAGUCAAGUGACUUUGCAUAGUCCAUAAGACACAAGUCAACAUCUUUCUUGUAUUCUCUGCUUUCAGCCAGGAUGCAUCUGACAUCAACAGUGAUGUCCCUGGUUCCAUGUCCUCUUCUGAAUUCAGCUUGAAUUUCUGGCACUUCCCUGUUGAUACAUUGCUGCAGCCGCUUUUGAAUGAUCUUCAGCAAAAUUUUACGUGUGUGGUAUUAAUGAUAUUGUUCAAUUAUUUCUGCAUUUGGUUGGAUCACCUUUCUUGGGAAUAGGCAUAAAUAUGGAUCUCUUCUAGACAGCCAGAUAGCUGUCUUCCAAAUUUCUUGGCACAGACAAGUGAGCACUUCCACUGCUGCAUCCAUUGUUGAAACAUCUCUAUUGGUAGUCCAUCAGUUCCUGAGGCAUUGUUUUUCGCCAGUGUCUUCAGUGGAGCUUGAACUUCUUCCUUCGGUACCAUCGGUUCCUGAUCAUAUGCUACCUCCUGAAAUGGUUGAAUGUCGACCAAUUCUUUUUGGUAUAGUGACUCUGUGUAUUUCUUCCAUCUCUUUUGACGAUUCUUCCAUUGUUUAAUAUUUUCCUCGUAGAACCCUUCAAUAUUGGAACUCGAGGCUUGAAUUUUUUCUUCAGUUCUUUCAGCUUUAGAAAUGCAGAGCAUGUUCUUCCCUUUUUGGUUUUCUAUCUCCAGGUCUUUGCACAUGUCAUUAUAACACUUUACAGUGUCUUCUUGACCAACCCUUUGAAAUCUUCUGUUCAGCUCUUUUGCUUCCUCAUUUCUUUCUUUCGCUUUAGCUAUUCGACUUUCAAGAGCAAGUUUCAGAGUCUCUUCUGACAUUCAUUUUGGUCUUUUCAUUCCUUCCUGUCUUUUUAAUGACCUCUUUCUUUCUUUAUGUAUGAUGUCCUUGAUGUCAUUCCACAACUCGUCUAGUCUUCGAUCAUUCAACACAUCAAAUCUAUUCUUGAGAUGGUCUCUAAAUUCAGGUGGGAUAUACUCAAGGUUGUACUUUGGCUCUCGUUGAGUUGUUCUAGUUUUCUUCAGUUUCAAUUUGAACUUGCAUAUGAGCAAUUGACGGUGUGUUCCACAGUCGGCCCCUGGCCUUGUUCUGACUGAUGAUAUUGAGCUUUUCCACAUGUAGUCAUUUUGAUUCUUGUGUAUUCCAUCUGGCGAGGUCCACGUGUACAGUCGGCGUUUAUGUUGUUGAAAAAAGGUAUUUGCAAUGACGAAAUCAUUUGGUCUUGCAAAAUUCUAUCAUGUGAUCUACAGCAUUGUUCCCAUCACCAAGGCCAUAUUUUCCAGCUACCAAUCGUUCUUCUUUGUUUCCAUCUUUCAGAUUCUAAUCUCUAUUAAUUGUCAAUGCAUCCUGAUUGCAUGUUUGAUCAAUUUCAGACUGCAGAAGUUGGUAAAAGUCUUCAAUUUCUUCAUCUUUGGCCUUAGUGGUUGAUGUGUAAGUUUGACUAAUAGCUGUAUUAGCUGGUCUUCCUUGUAGGCGUAUGGAUAUUAUCCUAUCACUGACAGAGAUGUACUUCAGGAUAGAUCUUGUAAUGUUCUUUUUGACAAUGAAGGCAACACCAUUCCUAUUCAAGUGUCAUUCCUGGCAUAAUAGACCAUAUGACUGCCUGAUUCAAAAUGGCCAAUACCAGUCCAUUUCAGCUCACUAAUGCCUAGGAUACCAAUGUUUAUAUGUUCCAUUUCAUUUUUGAGGAUUUCCAAUUUUCCUAGAUUCAUACUAGUACAUUCCACAUUCCAAUUAUGAAUGAAUGUUUGCCACUGUGUCUUCUCAUUUUGAGUGAUGGCACAUUGGCAAAUAAAGGUCCCAAAAGCUUGAUUCCAUCCAUGCCAUUCAGGUCAACCUACUUUGAGGAGGCAGCUCUUCUCUGGUCAUUUUUUGAGUGCCUUCCAACUUGAGGGGCUCAUCUUCCAACACUAUCUCAGGCAAAGUUUCACUGCUAUUCAUAAGGUUUUCACUGGCUAAUUCUUUUCAGAAGUAGACCACUGGGUCCUUCUUUCUGCUCUGCCUUAGCCUGAAAGCUCAGCUGAAACCUGUCCGCCAUGGGUGACCCUGCUAGUAUUUGAACACUGGUGGCAUAGCUUCCAGCAUCACAGCAACAUGCAAGCCCCCACAGUAUGACAAACUGACAGAUGUGUGGGGGUUAAGUUAGCAAACUGAUCGCACCACCCAGGGACCUUUUAGUUUACUAGUGCUGCUGUAACAGAAACACCACAAGUGGGUGGCUUUAAAGAUGAAGUUUUUUUGUUCCUCACAGUUUUGGAGCCUAAAAGUUCAAAUCAGGGUCUUGUGCAUGUCAAUUGCUUCCUUCUAGGCAGUCCUGGGUGUUCGUUCAUUCCUUGGCUUCCCCGCUCCCCCCCGCCCCGCCUCCCGGCCCCCUCCGUGUGUGUGUCUCAACUGCUCUUUUCGUAGCUCAGAAGUUAUUAGAUUUAGAACCCACCCUGCUUGGAUAUGAUCUAAUUAACAUAACAAAGAAUACCCUAUCUCCAAACAGGAUUACAUCAACAGGUACAGGGGUUAGGAUUCCAACACAUAUGGGGGGAGGGGUGUACAAUUCAAGUUAUCACACCAGGAGAACCCACUUGCCCAGGCACACCCCUAAGGGUCUUCCCACCCUCACCAUUGCCUCUGCUGAGCCCUGAUGCAGCUUGCUGUGUGACCUUGAGGAAGCCACCAACCUCACUGUGCCUUUGAUUCCUCAUCUGCAAAAUGAGGGAAUAGCCAUUUCUAAAUCUGGGGUUCAAGAAAAUGACAGACAUUCAAAGGCUUGCCACCUCCCACUAACCAGUGACCUCAGAAAUACUGGGUAGAAAAACUGGACAUGCCAAAUGGUGGUGGCCAAGGGAAGAGGCUGAGCCAGGUGUCUGGGAAGAGGUUCCUGAAGACAGGAGGUGGCAGGGGGCAGGGAGUGUUGGGUGUGGCAGGCCUUCCCACAACCCCACCUCCCUCUGUAGUAGGAGCAGGUGAACUCUGGGAGACAAGGUAAGCAACUAUCAGCUCUCCCAGGAAGGCCAGCUGCUGGGGUCAGAGAAGGAGGUCAGAAAGGGGGGAGCACUGGUGGUCCAGUGGGACAUUGGGUGUCCUGUCCCCUCUCUAAGCUUGUGUCCUGGGCUUGCUGCGAGAUCAUGGAGAAAGAUCUGUCAUUCCCAUUCACAGGCUUUUACCGAGCACCCACUUCUCACACAAUAAGGUAGCUGUAGAGCACCUACCGGAAACCCUGGUGGCAUAGUGGUUAAGUGCUACAGUUGUUAACCAAGAAGUUGGCGGUUCAAAUCUGCCAGGCGCUCCUUGGAAACUCUAUGGGGCAGUUCUACUCUGUCCUAUAGGGUCGUUAUGAGUCGGAAUCGACUCGAUGGCAGUGGGUGGGUUUUUAGAGCACAGGUACCAGGUGCUGUUUUAGGUGCUGGGGAGACAGCAGUGAGCAUCUUUGCUUUCCUAGAGCUUACAUUCAAGAAGGGGAGACAGGUAAUGAACAGACGAACCUGUAAUAUAAUGUCAGGCUAUGAUGAAUACCUGGGAGGAAAAUAACGCCAGGUAAAGGGAAAAGGAGUACUUGAGGGCUGCAGUUUUAUGUAGUGUGGUCAGAGAGGGCAUCCUGGAAGAGGCAGCUUUUGAACUGAAGCAUGAAAAAGUGAGGAAGCCAAUCAUCUGAGGGGAAGCAAAGGCCUCAUGGCCAGAAUGUGCUUGCCUAGUUGGAGGCACAAAGGAGGGCCAGUGCUGCUGGAGCAGAGUGUGUGUUGGGGGGGAGAGGGUUGGAGUAGGAUGGGUGGGGAGAAGGGGCGCAGCUAGCUCAACAAAGGCCUCAGAAUCCGUGGAAAGGAGGUUGGGUUUUGUUUUAGGUAUGAUGCAAGGGGACUGAGCCUGGGAGUGCGGGAAGUUCCAUAGGUCUAAGGGUUGAGAGGACAGAGCUUGGGUUAUUCUAUUAAUUGCCCUUUGAGAUAAGCAAGGUCCCUAUUAUCCCUACUGUGCAGAGGAGGACACUGAGGCACAGAACUUGCUGGUUUCAAUACUUAUCUAAGGAGUCGGUUGGAUGGGUGGAUGAUCUGUUAACUGUCGGAGGCUCUUGAUAAGUAACUCCUCAGAAUUUUACAAGAAAGUUGAAGAUGCCUGGAUUUAAAAGGGAAGUGUUCUCUCCAUGAACUUUCUGGGUGGUGCAAACAGUUAACUCAGUCUCUGCUAACCUAAAGGUUGGAGGUUAAAGUCCACCCUGAGGCACCUUGGAAGAAAGACUCGGUGAUUUACUUCCAAAAACAAUCAACCCCACAGAACACAGUUCUACCCUGUCACCAUAAAGUAGCCAUGAGUCAGACUGAUUUUUUUUGGUUUUCUCCAUGGGCUCCAUAUUUAGAGAGCAGCCCUGGUGGAGCAGUGGUUAAGCGCUCGGCUGCUAACCAAAAGGUCAGUGGUUUGAACCUAUCAGCUGCUCCAUUGGAGAAAGAUGUGGCAGUUUGCUUCCGUAAAAAUUGCAAUCUAGGAAACCCUAUGGGGCAGUUCCACUCUGUCCUACAGGGCCUCUCUCUGUGAGUUGGAAUUGACUCGGCAGCAAUGGGCGGGCAACCAGGGCAGCAUCCUGAAAGCUGGGGAGAUUGGGCUGAGAGGCUGCGUGGGUAGCUAGGUGGAGUCUUCAGGUCCCUGAUGUGGGUAAGUGAAAUAAAAAAAAAAAAAUUUUUUUUUUUUUAAGUGAGGACCCUGCUUAAUGGGCAGGGCAGUGUCAAAUGUCACCAAUCUGCCACUCCCUCUUAGCUGUUGCAGUUGCAAAUACGCUUCAGGUAGAUACCCAGUUGUUCUAUGCUAAUAAGGGCCUAUGCUGUUGAAAUGGGCCCACACAAGACUAGGCAGGGGUGAAAGGCAUUCAAAGUCCAUGAGCAAAGAAGCUGUGCCUGCCCUGAGCUCUCCGCUUAGGAGAGCUGGCAGAUUAUUUUUUCCUGUUUGUUAAUUUGUUCGCUCUGCAAAGCUGGGAGAAUAGCUGUGGCAUGUGACAGGUCCCUACUUCUGGCCCAGGGGUUGUGGCAACUGCUGAACCUGGACCAGGCUGGGUGAAUGGGAGACAGGUACUCCCCAGAGGGGGAAGGUUUUUUUUUGAUCCCUUGAGAUUUCUCCCAGUGUGGAAAACAUGUCUGAGAGCUACUGCUUGCCUCAACCCAGGUGCUUCAGCAGAUCCAGCCUGCAAGGUGCUGACAGGUCAGGUCUGGCAAAUCCACGUUGCUUCUUCACUGUCUGCACCUCCCCCUAAUGCUCAGUCUGACUACUCAACUUUGUCUUUGAUGUUCAGGGCCCCCAGAUUGUCAUAUAUAAUCAAUCCACUUGUUUUUGGAGUCUUUGUUGUAAGAGGGACCAAAAGAAGCAUCUGACUAUGCUGGCAUCUUGGCCCUGCCUCCCAUGUAUGAUGUCAUUCCACAACUUGUCUGGUUUUCAGUCAUUAGUGUUCAACGUGUCAAAUCUAUUCUUUAGAUGGUGUCUUAGUCAUCUAGUGCGGCUAUAACUGAAAUACCACAAGUGGAUGGCUUUAACAAAGAAAUUUAUUCUCUCACGGCCUAGAAGGCUAGAAGUCCACAUUCAGGGUGCUAACUCCAGUGGAAGGCUUUCUCUCUUAGUCGACCCUGGGUUCCUGUGCUGAGAAGCUCCUCAGACAGAGAAGAUUGACGACAAGGACCUUUCCCCAGAGGGAUCAAAAAAAACUUUCUCCCAGAGCCCAUGGGGGAUAGGUUUCAGCUGAGCUUCCAGACUAAGACAGACUAGGACAAGGGACCUGGCAGUCUAUUUCUGAAAAGAAUUAGCCAGUGAAAACCUUAUGAAUAGCAGCAGAACAUUGUCUGAUAUAGUGCCGGAAGGUGAGCAUCCCAGGUAGGAAGGCACUCAAAAGGCAACUGGGGAAGAGCUGCCUCCUCAAAGUAGUCCACAUAAAUGACAUGGAUAGAGUCAAGCUUUAGGGACCUUCAUUUGCUGAUGUGGCAUGACUCAAAAUGAGAAGAAACAGCUACAAACAUCCAAUAAUAAUCAGAAGGUGGAAUCUACAAAGUAAGUACAAAAAUUGUCAAAAAUGAGAUGGAAUGCAUAAACAUCGAUAUCCUAGGCAUUAGUGAGCUGAAAUGGAUUGAUAUGGGCCAUUUUGAAUUGGACAGUCAUAUGGUCUACUAUGCCAGGAAUGACAACUUGAAGAAGAAUGGUGUAGCAUUCAUUGUCAAAAAGAAUAUUUCAAGAUCUACCCUGAAGUACAAUGCUGAAGUACAAGGAAGACCAAUUAAUCCGAUUAUUAUUCAGAUUUAUGUACUAGCCACUAAAGCCAAAGAUGAAGAAAUGGAAGAUUUUUACUGCAGUUUGAAAUUGACUGAACAUGCAAUCAGGAUGCAUUGACAAUUACUGGAGAUUGGAAUGUGAAGGCUGGAAACAAAGAAAAAGGACUGGUAGUUGGAAAAUGUGGCCUUGGUGAUAGAAACGAUGCUGGAGAUCUCUUGAUUGAAUUUUGCAAGACCAAACACUUCGUCAUUGCAAAUACCUUUUUUCACCAACGUUAACGGUGACUAUACACAUGGACCUCGCCAGAUGGAAUGCACAGGGAUCCAAACAACUACAUCUGUGGAAAAACACAAUGGAGAAGCUCAAUAUCGUCAGUCAGAACAAGGCCAGAGACCAACUAUAGCACAGACUUCAAUUGCUCGUAGUGCAAGUUAAAGUUGAAACUGAAGAAAACUGGAAGUCCACGGGAACCAAAGUAUGACCUUGAGUAUAUCCCACCUGAAUUUAGAAACCAUUGUAAUAAUAGAUUUGAGAUGUUGAACACUAAUGACUGAAGACCAGACGAAUUGUGGAAUGACAUCAAGGACAUCAUACAUGAAGAGAGCAAGAGGUCAUUAAAAAGACAGAAAAGGCCAAAAUGGAUAUCAGAAGAGACUCUAAAACUUGCUUUUGAAUGUUGAGCAGCUAAAGCAAAAGGAAGAAAUGAUGAAGCAAAAGAGCCAAACAGAAGGUUUCAAAGGGUGGCUUUAGAAGACAAGGUAAAGUACCAUAAUGACGCGUGCAAAGAGCUGAAGAUAGAAAAGCAAAAGGGAAGAACAUACUCUGCAUUUCUCAAGCUGGAAGAGCUGAAGAAAAAAUUAAAGUCUCGAGUUGCAAUAGUGAAGGAUUCUAUGGGGAAAAUAUUAAAUGACUCAGGAAGCAUCAAAAGAAGAUGGAAGGAAUACAGAGUCAUUAUACCAAAAGGAACUGGCCGACGUUCAAUCAUUUGAAGAGGUAGCAUAUGAUCGGGAACUGAUGGUGUUAAAGGAAGAAGUCCAAGCUCCACUGAAGGCAUUGGUGAAAAACAAGGCUCCAGGAAUUGACGAAAUAUCAAUUGAGAUGUUUCAACAAACGGAUGCAGCAGUGGAAGUGCUCAUUUGUCUAUGCCAAGAAAUUUGGAAGACAGCUACCUGGCCAACUGACUGGAAGAGAUCCAUAUUUGUACCCAUUUCAAAGAAAGGUGAUCCAACAAAAUGUGGAAAUUAUCAACAAUGUCAGUAAUAUCACAUGCAAGUAAAAUUUUGCUGAAGAUCAUUCAAAAGUGGCUGCAGUGGUAUAUUGCCAGGGAGCUGCCAAAAAUUCAAGCGAGAUUCAGAAGAAGACGUGGAACCAGGAAUAUCAUUACUGAUGUUAAAUGGAUCCUGGCUGAAAGCAGAGAAUACCAGAAUGUUCACCUGUGUUUUAUUGACUAUGCAAAGGCAUUCAACUGUGUGGAGCAUAACGAAUUAUGGAUAACAUUGUGAAAAAUGGGAAUUCCAGAACAUUGAAUUGGGCUCAUGAGGAACCUGUACAUAGAUCAAGAGGCAGUUAUUCGGACAGAACAAGGGGAUACUGCAUGGUUUGAAGUCAGGAAAGGUGUAUGUCAGGGCUGUAUCCUUUCACCAUACUUAUUCAAUCUGUAUGCUGAGCAAAUAAUCUGAGAAGCUGGACUAUAUGAAGAAGAACGGGCAUCAGGAUUGGAGGAAGACUUAUUAACAACCUGUGAUAUGCAGAUGACACAACCUUGCUUGCUGAAAGUGAAGGGGACUUGAAGUGCUUACUGAUGAAGAUCAAAGACCACAGCUUUCAGUAUGGAUUACACCUCAAUAUAAAGAAAACAAAAAUCCUUAUAACUGGACCAGUGAUUAGCAUCGUGAUAAACUUAGAAAAGAUUGAAGUUGUUAAGGAUUUCAUUUUACUUGGAUCCACAAUCAACACCCAUGGAAACAGUAGUCAAGAAAUCAAAGAUGUCUUGCAUUGGGCAAAUCUGCUGCAAAAGACCUCUUUAAAAUGCUGAAAAGAAAAGAUGUCACCUUGAAGACUAAGGUGCACCUGACCCAAGCCAUGGCACUUUCAGUUGCAUCAUUUGCAUGUGAAAACUGGACAAAGAAUAAGGAAGACCAAAGAAGAGUUGAUGCCUUUGAAUUGUGAUAUCGGCAAAGAAUAUUGAAUAUAUCAUGGACUUUCAAAAGAAUGAGCAAAUCUGUCUUGGAAGAGAGAAGUACAACCAGAAUGCUCUUUAGGAGCAAGGAUGGCAAGACUGCGUCUUAUGUACUGUGGACAUGUUGUGAGGGGGAAUCAGUCCCUGAAGAAGGACAUCAUGCUUGGUAAAGUACAGGAUCAGCGGAAAAGAGGAAGACCCUCAACAAGAUGGAUUGACACAGUGGCUCUAACAAUGGGCUCAAGUACAAUGAGGAUUUUCAGGAUGGUUCAGGACUGGGCAGUGUUUCGUUCUGUUGUACUCAGGGUCGCUAUGAGUUGGAACCGGCUUGACAGCACUUAACAACAACAACAAAUGUUGUUGAAAAAAGAUAUUUGCGAGGAUGAGUCAUUUGGUGUUGCAAAAUUCUGUCAUGUGAUCUCUAGCAUUGUUUCUGUCACCAAGGCCAUACUUUCCAACUAUCAAUCCUUUGUUUUCAACUUUUGUAUUCCAAUCACCAGUAAUUGUCAAUACAUCUUGAUUGCAUGUUCGAUCAAUUUCAGACUGCAGAAACUGGUAAAAAUCUUCCAUUUCUUCGUCUUUGGCCUUAGUGAUUGGUGUAUAAAUUUGAAUAAUAUUUGGCUCACCUGGUCUUCCUUGUAGGCGUAUGGAUAUUAUCCUAUCACUGACAGCAUUGUUCUUCAGGGUAGAUCUUGAAAUGUUCUUUUGGUGAUGAAUGCAACACCAUUACUCUUCAAGUUGUCAUUCCUGGAUCAGUAGACCAUAUCGUUAUCUGAUUCAAAAUGGCCAAUACCAAUCCAUUUCAGCUCUCUAAUGCCUAGAAUAUCAAUGUUUAUGCAUCCCAUUUCAUUUUUUACAACUUCCAAUUUUCCUAGUUUCAUACUUUGUACAUUCCACAUUCCAAUUAUUAAUGGAUAUUUGCAACUGUUUCUUCUCAUUUUGAGUCGUGCCACAUCAGCAAAUGAAGAUUCUGAAAACUUGACUCCAUCCACGUCAUUAAGGUCAGCUCUGUUGUCCUUUGAGGGCCUUCCAACCUGAGGGGCUCAUCUUCUGGCACUAUAUCAGACAAUGUUCUCCUGCUAUUCAUAAGGUUUUCACUGGCUAAUAUUUUUCAGAAGUAGACCUCUAGGCCCUUCUUCCUAGUCUGUCUUAGUAUGGAAGCUCAGCUGAAACCUGACCUCCAUGGAUAGGUGACCCUGUUGGCAUUUGAAUACUGGUGGCAUAGCUUCCAGUAUCACAGCAACAUGCAAGCCCCCCCCAGUAGGACAAACUGACAGAGACUUAGUCAAAAAAAAAAAAAGAAGAGGAAAUAUCUCACUAAUAAUUUUUUGUAUUGAUUACAUGUUAAAAUGUAACUAUUUUGAAUACACUAGGUUAAAUAAAAAUAUUAUUAGCAUUAGUUUCACCCAUUUCUUUUUAUCUGUUUUAAUGUGGCACCUAGAAAAUUAAAAAUUACAGUAUGUGGCUCACAUUAUAUUUCUAUUGGACUGUGCUGUUCUGGAAGGCUAAAAGCCUUUGAGAUCCAGUUAAAAGCACAAUUAAAAUUGCAACUCCCAGAAUUCCUACCCCCACUAUGGGGCUCUUUUUUUGUCCAUAGUACUUUUCACCUUCUCAAUACUGGAUGAUUUAUGUAUCUGUUGUGUUUAUUGCUUAUUUUCUGUUCCCCCUGUGUCAUAGAUUGAAUUGUGUCCCCCCAAAAUAUGUGUAUCAAUUUGGCUAGGCCAUAAUUCCCAGUAUUAUGUGAUUGUCCACCGUUUUGUCACCUGAUGUGACUUUCCUAUGUGUUGUAAAUCCUAUCUCUGUGGCGUUGUUGAGGUGGGAUUAGUUGCAGUUAUGUUCAUGAGGCAGGACUCAAUCUACAAGAUUAGGUUGUAUCUUAAGUCAACCACUUUUGAGAUAUAAAAGAGAGAAGCAAGCAGAGAGACGGGGGCCCUCCAUACCACCAAGAAACAAGAGCCAGGAGAACAAUGAGUCCUUUGGACCCGGGGUCUCUGCACUGAGAAGCAUCUUGACCAGGAAAAGAUUGAUGAUAACAACCUUCUCCGAGAGCCAACAGAGAGAGAAAGCCUUCCUCUGGAGCUGAUGCCCUAAAUUUGGACUUCUAGCCUCCUAGGCUGUGAGAGAAUAAAUUUCUCUUUGUUAAAGCCGUCCACUUGUAGUAUUUCUGUUACAGCAGCCCUGUAUAACUAAGACACCCUGCUAGAACAUAGUUUCAUUCGGGCAGAGCUUUGUCUAUUUUGCUCAGGGAUGUAACCCCAAAGUGCUUAGAACAGUGCCAGGCACAGUGUAGGUGUUCAAUAAAUGUUGAAAGAACAAAUGAAUGAUUGAAUGAAUGGAGGCUUGGGAAGUGUCGGGGUCCCACAGUUGACAAAUCUUCUAAUUUUUCUAGAGAAACUCCAAAUAAAGAUUUUCACGUGUGCCUCCUGGCUUUUUAAAUGUUGUAGCUAAUUUGGGUUAUUUUAAAGCAUCGUGCAGGUCAAAGGAUACAUGUUUGUGGGCCUUUUCAAUCUUCGGGCUGCCUGUCCUCGGCUGCCGUCUGGACCCCCUCUUGUCUAGAUGAUUCUGGAGGUCAAGUGGGGAGGGGAUGAUGGGGGAUAAGCAGGGGCCCCUCAAAUGUGCCUGUCUCAGAAAACUCUCCAUGUCAACAUGCUUCUGAGGGUCUAGGAUGGGUGGUAAUUAAGGGACCUCCUCAUCUCCUGCAACCCCUCACCUAUUGUGCCUACAACUUUGGGCACCACCACAGCAUAGGAGGGAGCCAGUGUGAGACCUUUCCUGCUGCCAAUAAUCGCUCCUCCUCCUUGGCCAGACCAGUGUUUGAUCUCUCUGACCCUUUAACUAUAAAGUGGAUCUGGCUUCCCCACAACAGGUAUAAUUUCUGCGCUAAAAGUUGAGAACACACAGCCCAGGGCUAGGCUGGUGCAGGAAGGGCUGGGGCUAUAUUGGAGGGCCUUCUAGGCUUUCAGCAAAGUCUUGGAUUGUCCCAUGAUCUCUCUGUGUGACCUUUAGUAGGUCCUUUUCCCUUUCGUGUUCUCAUCCUGUACAAUUCGGGCUUUGGAUCAGUUCUGCAGUGUCCAAACCCACCACCUUAGAACAACACUGGGCCCCCUGCAGGCUUACCCACUUAGAACCCCUGGGGCCAGGCUUUCUCACUGAGCCCCUCCCUGACCACCCAUCUAAAACUGCACACCCCUCCUUCCUGUCUUGCUUCCCUGAACUAUUUUUCCCUUUAGUACCUUGAUUAUUUACCUUGGUUUACUCUAUAUUUUACUUUGACUUUGUUUAUUGUCUGCCCUCUCUUUACUGGUAUAUAAGCUCCAUGAAGCACUUACUAAUGAAGAUCAAAGGUCACAGCCUUCAGUAUGGAUUGCACCUCAACAUAAAGAAAACGAAAAUCCUCACAACUGGACCAAUGAGCAACAUCAUGAUAAAUGGAGAAAAGAUUGAAGUUGUCAAGGAUUUCAUUUGACUUGGAUCCACAAUCAACAGCCAUGGAAGCAGCAGUCAAGAAAUCGAAAGAUGCGUUGCAUUGGGUAAAUCUGCUGCAAAGCAUCUCUUCAAAGUGUUGAAGAGCAAAGAUGUCACCUUGAAGACUAAGGUGCGCCUGACCCAAGCCAUGGUAUUUUCAGCUGCGUCAUAUGCAUGUGAAAGCUGGACAAUGAAUAAGGAAGACCGAAGAAGAGUUGACGCCUUUGAAUUGUGGUGAUGGCGAAGAAUAUUGAACAUACCAUGGACUGCCAAAAGGACAAACAAAUCUGUCUUGGAAGAAGUGCAGCCAGAACGCUCCUUAGAAGCAAGUACGGUGAGACUGCGUGUACAUACUUUGGACAGGUUGUCAGGAGGGAUCAGUCCCUGGAGAAGGACAUCAUGCUUGGCAGAGUACAGGGUCAGCGGAAAAGAGGAAGACCCUCAAUGAGGUGGAUUGACACAGUGGCUGCAACAAUGAGCUCAAGCAUAACAAUGAUUGUAAGGAUGGCGCAGGACCAGGCAGUGUUUUGUUCUGUUGUGCAUAGGGUCGCUAUGAGUCGGACCCGACUCAAAGGCAUCUAACAACAACAACAAGUUCUGUGAGGGCAGGGAUUAAAAAAAAAAAAAAACAAAACACUCAGCUUUACUGAGGAAUAAUUUA